ACACACCGCGUGAUGGUAUUCUUCAUCAUAUCUUCUUCAUCCAAAAAUGAUCUACGUCAUCUGCAAAAAGAGCAGGAAGAGCACAACGAUUUGAUUGUCACGGACUUACACGAAACUUACGAGAAUUUAUACCUCAAAGUUAACCCAAUCGUAUUUUUGCUCGAAACGACUUCCAAGGUCUACGCGUCUAUGGUCUUCCAUCAACAUUACUGUCCAUCAGCGCAUUUCCUCAUGAAAGUCGACGACGAUGUUGCGCUCCAUCUUGAUCGUAUGAUUAAUUCAUGGAAAAGGGAUUAUAAAUCUGAUCGCUCCAUUUUCUGCCGAGUUUGGAAAGAAGCGGAAGUGGAUAGAAACAUCAGCAGCAAAUUGUAA